AUGUCGCCACGCAGGGCACCCUGCGCACUUGUCGGCCUCUUGAUCCUGCUCGUCCUGCUCGGCCGCCAUGUCCGAGCCCCCGACGUCAAUCCGGAGCCGUUGAGCGAUGCUUUCUGGGAAGAGCUCGUCGCCGGUCAUCCCGUCGUGGAUGGCUUCGAGGAUCUGCUGAGCAGCGGCAGCAGCAGCGGGGCCAAGAGGCCUUGGGAGGACCCAGACGCCGUCGAAGUCGUUUCGAGCAGCAGGCCGGCCGCGCAUCGGUCCGCAACCCUCGACGUUGUCGACCCGCCUCGCCCAGCCAAGGUGCCGCACACCCCGAACCUCGACACCAAUUUAGUCCGGAAGGACGGCCAGUCCUCGGCGCAACCUGCGUGGACACUUUCCGCUUGGUCGACGGUCUGGUUGAUGCUCCAUUCGACGCCACCGGCUGAGCUCGAGAUCCUCAGGGAGCUCAAGGGCGCACCCCACAGCGACCCCGACCGACCCUGGCUGUACUUCUACACGCACCCGACCGCCUUCUCCCAGGAUCCCGAGCACCGGCUCGCCGGGCGCAUCGACCUGCGCGAAUCGACCCAGGCGCGAGCGCGAUCGCGGUUCGCGGCGAAGCCAGAAGAGCGAACCCUGGUGCUGCUCAAGUACCUCUCGGACCUGCGCUACUACGACACGGGCAUCAGCAGCCUCGGGGCGCGGCCGUACUGGAUGCCCCUGGACCAGCCCAGGCCCUUUUUCGACCGCCAGCGCAUCCUGCGCGAGACGCGCACCACGAUCCGGAGGGGCUUCACGGCGCGCGGCGCGCUGACGCCCUAUGUAGUCAACGGCGACACGCUCGUCGCCUUCCGCGACCUCUCGCUGCGCAGCACGGCAAGAGGCGACGACGAGCUCAUCUACUUGUACGUGUCGGCGCACAUGUAUCCCCUCGACGUCGAUUCGCCGGUCAUCGAGCUGGGCAUCCUAGCGACCCCCUUUCGCACCUACGGCAGGUCGCUCUUUCAUCCGCGCGAGGUCCUGGUCGGGCUGUAA